CUCCUAACCCAGUUUGUGGAGUACAUCCGCAGCCGGAAAACGGUGCCGCUGGAGGCCCUGGCGCUGGAGUUUGGUAUGCGCACCGCAGAAGUGAUUGACCGCAUCCGGGCGCUGGAGGCGGGGGGCAGGUUGACCGGAGUUAUGGACGAGCGGGGCAAG